AGUCCUAUGAGCAUGCGCACUCUGUGUAAACAGGAAGAACUGACUGAAAACCAGGGCAAAUCUAGCAUAAAGAGAAGAAAAUGAUCGGACAAAAACGAACGAAUAUCUUGUUUUUCCUUAUAUAUUAACCACCAUAAAUGUUGUCCUAUAACACCAGAUGGUAAUUUCGAUUACAUCGUGUAGAAGCAGUUGCUACUUUUUCGACAUUUUUGAUAGACGGUAUUAACGUUAACGUUAGACAGACAGGCAGUGACGCGAUUUAUUUCCUCCAGGCUUUGCUUGGCGAAUUUGUCUGCUGAACAACAGACAUAAAAAUAACUCGCUGCUCUCUGAAUUUGGCGACUUUACACCGAGGGAAAUCUCUAACAAUGGUUCAAAAAGAUAAGACGCUGGAGACGCCUCAAGUGGACGGUGAGCCUAGUCCCAGCCCAGUCUCCGGAGAUGCUUGUGCAGAGGCCCCCGGCCCGGGUGAUGAGUGCGGCAUUGGAAUCGAACCGACGGCCCACAGGAAAUUCAUCUGUGGAGUUGUGGAAGGCUUUUAUGGUCGACCAUGGACAAUGGAACAGAGAAAAGAGUUGUUCACAAGGCAGCAGAAGUGGGGACUGAAUACGUAUCUUUAUGCACCCAAAGAUGACUACAAACACAGAAUGUUCUGGAGAGAGUUGUACUCUGUGGAAGAAGCAGAGCAACUCAUGACUUUAAUUGGUGCUGCUAAGGAGCGUGGGAUAGAGUUCAUAUAUGCUAUUUCCCCUGGACUGGACAUCACCUUCUCCAAUCAGAAAGAGGUGUCUGCACUCAAGAGGAAACUCGAUCAGGUCACUCACUUCGGCUGCAAGUCAUUUGCCUUACUUUUUGACGAUAUUGACCAAAACAUGUGCCCUGCUGACAAAGAGGUGUUUAGCUCAUUUGCACACGCUCAGGUUUCCAUUACCAACGAAAUCUACCAGUACCUGGGAGAGCCCGAAACCUUCCUCUUCUGUCCCACAGAGUACUGUGGAACAUUCUGCUACCCAAAUGUCCCUCAGUCCCCUUACCUCCACACAGUAGGAGAGAAGCUUCUGCCUGACAUUGAAGUGCUAUGGACAGGCCCCAAGGUGGUGUCCAAAGAUAUAACAGUGGAGUCAAUUGAGGAGGUGUCAAAAAUCCUAAGAAGAGCCCCUGUGAUCUGGGACAACAUUCACGCCAAUGAUUAUGACCAGAAGAGGCUUUUCUUGGGUCCAUACAAGGGCCGCUCCACAGAGCUCAUCCCCAGGCUGAAGGGAGUCCUCACCAACCCUAACUGCGAGUUUGAGUCCAACUUUGUAGCGAUCCACACUCUGGCCACAUGGUAUAAGUCAAAUAUGAACGGGGUGCGCAAGGAUGUGGUUAUGACAGAUGGCGAGGACAGCACAGUCUCCAUUCAGAUCAAGUUAGAGAAUGAAGGCAGUGAUGAAGAACUGGAGACAGAUAUGCUCUACAGCCCGCAGCUUGCUCUAAAACUGGCUCUCACCGAAUGGCUCGAGGACUUUGUUGUGCCACAUCAAUACAACAGCCGACAGGUACCUCAGAGUGGUGCCAAAAGCACAGCCAUCGACGUGUCAUCAAUGGCUGCUUCCUCUCUCUGCUCUUCCACAACAGUCACAACUGUGUUCCAGCAGCCCAUCAUGUCUCCGGCCAUGCCGCCUCUCGGUCUGGAUCCACUCUCACACCCCAUGGCAAAAAGACCUGGGGAGGUAGAGGAGGUGGAGGUGGAGAAGAAGGAUUCAGAUGAGGAGCCCAUGGAGAUGGUGGUUGAGAAGCUUGAUGAGCCAGAAGCAGAAGCUGACCCAGAGGAGAAGCAGAUUGGUCCUAUCUUAGCUGACAAGAUGGCUGAGGACCUGAAGCCCAUGGAUACAGACAAGGAGAGUCUGACAGAGUCAAAGUCCCCUGAAGGGUCUAUCCAGGAGGACCCUGGGAGUGAUAUCGCCCCUAUGCAGACAGAUGAUCAGCUCAAGCAGGAUGUGUUUGUGCCUGGGCCCAACGAGAAGACCCUGUUCACAGCAGAGCCCCUCACACUGGAGGACCUGACCUUGCUGGCAGAGCUCUUCUAUCUGCCUUAUGAGCAUGGACCCAAGGCCAUGCAGAUGUUAAAGGAGUUUAACUGGCUAAGAGCCAACAGCAGCGUCGUCAGUGUCAACUGCAAGAGAAAGGAAACUGAAAAGGUAGAAGAAUGGCAAUUAAGGGCAGAGAAGUUUGAGGAGAUGUGCUGCUCAGUCAUCCAGAUGUUCACACGGCUGUCCAAUUCAGCCAACCGCACCAUCCUUUACGACCUCUACUCUUACAUCUGGGACAUCAAGAGCAUCAUUUCUAUGGUCAAGUCUUUUGUCCAAUGGCUAGGGUGUCGUAGUCAGUCCUCAGCACAAUUCCUUAGAGGAGACCAAGAACCCUGGGCCUUUAGGGGCGGUCUAGCAGGAGAGUUCCAGAGAUUGUUGCCAAUAGAGGGGGCAAACGAUCUUUUCUACCAACCUCCACCUGCAAUGCCAACCUCCAAAAUCUAUUCCAUAAGGCCAUACUACCCCAAAGAUGUGACUGCGAUUUAUAAAAUCUGUAAAGAAAUGUACUGUGAAGGAAUGGAGGAUAUACCAGUCUCUGAUAAGGAUCCUGACCUCAUAGGAGACAGGUUAGUCGGAGGUCUCCUGGCACUGAGUUCAGACUACGGGUUUGUGCUAGAGGACGAUGAAGGGAUCUGCGGUUAUGCUCUUGGCACUGUGGAUGUCCAGCCCUUUGUCAAGAAAUGCAAGUUGAACUGGAUUCCCUUCAUGCAAGAGAAAUACCUCAAACCUGACUGUGAGAAGGACCUCACAGAGGCUGAGAAGAUGAUGCUGAGUUUCCAUGAAGAGGAGGAGGGUCUUCCAGCCUCUUUCCUCUCCAACUUCCCCUCUCUCAUCAAGGUUGACAUUCACGCCAAGGUCACUGACCCCAGUGUGGCCAAAAGCAUGAUGGGAUGUCUUCUAUCUUCUCUUAAGGCCAACGGUUCCCUAGGUGCGUUCUGUCAGGUUCGUCAGACUGACAAGAGAAUGUUGGACUUCUACGGUAAGCUGGGAUGCUUUGAAGUGGCCAAAAUGGAAGGCUUUCCCAAAGAUGUCAUCAUUAUGGGACGAAGCCUAUGAAGAAACGUCCUGCUCGAUAACAGACAGAGAGCAAGUCAACGUGGCUUAACCAUGUUUGCUACGUUCAUGAGAAAAACUUCCAUGAUGAUUUUAUACUACAUUACUAUCUGGGCUAGCCCGGGAAACCUCUUUUUACCUUAGAUGUUAUGGCUCUGUUGGAUUCAGCAGACCCAAAGCUAAAAGGCAGAGGAGUGAUCUGUAAUCAGUUGAUUUGAGCCAACGUGGAAGAGUGGCACUCCAGCAAUGAUUGUGGGGUCCCACUACUCGUAUACCUCCAGGAGGCAGGAAGUGAUAACUCCAUAAGCCUUUUUUCUGAUUUAAUCCAGUAAUCACUACAUUAAUAUUGCCCGCGUGCCCUAACGCAAAGUGUCUGUAUCUGAAAUGGAGGCAGAGCUGUGAAAUGAGGGCUGCCUGUAUCUCAGGUAGUGUCUUACUACCCCUACAUCCUGCUUUCCCAGCUUUGACAGAGAGAAAUAACGCAGCUGUCGAUAUAAGUAGGACACCUUUAUACAGGAUGUGAGGUGCUAUGUGAAAGUUUGCCUUUCAUCAUUACAUCAUGGUAUUUCCAGUUGCUCCACAAUAGACUUGGAGAAAGAGGCCUUUUAAAUGCCGUGUUUCGAUCAAUGCUGUGUCUGCACUGCAAAUUGUAGCUUUUGGGGUUUGUGAAACCCUCAAUAAAAGAUCAUCACAGACCAGCAAGGGGAAAGUAUUUGUUGAGAUUGUUAAAGACUCAUCCAGCAGGGCCUCUGAAUUUCCGUUCAAGUAGUAGUAGUAGACAUUUGGAAAGCAGUAACAAGCUUCCACAAGUUGACAAACAUGGUUCUCAGCCUAUUUCUGUUCAGCACUUUGCUUGUGGCCAUUUUUCUUUUUUUUCUUUUUUCUUUUUUUAUAAUUCAGCAGUUUUUUUGCUUUGGGUUUAUUUCCCUUUGAGCUAUUGCCUUUUGGUUCAUUGCCUUUUAGAUUUUAGGUUUACAUUGCAGACCCCAGUGUCUUCUGUUUUAAAGGCUUUCUAACAUGUAUCAGUCAGAUAUAGCUAGAGAAGGGGGAUUUUAGGACAUUGGCCUUGUUGCUCAAAUUCCAGAGAUGUAUUCUGACAUUGACAGUCACAUGUCACAAGAAUCCUUCAGUAAACCUAAGAUGACUGUCAGAGAAAGUUCAGACCAUCUAAUUAAGUUAUGUCAAAUUAAUUUAAGCAGUUACUCUUUAACAGAAUGAACUCAAAUUCACAUUUUCUGAUAGCAGUGCGACCAAAAUCUUGAUAUUCUUAUCUGCUAUUAAGAAGAAACAUGUAACAUUUGACUGGCACCAGUUUACAUUAGAAUACAUUAGUUCAAAAUAAGUAAGAAUCCUGAAGAUUUGGAAGGAUUAAUAAUUCCCGCUGUCACUUUUUUCUUAACCACUAAGCAGGGCUAUGUUCUUGUGUUCAUGUGCUGUGCUGAUCUUUUGCUUGUCAUUGGUAAUAGAAAGAAAAAUCAGUUUACCUCUGUCAGCUUGCAUCCCUCCAACACUGCAUACUCUCAAAUGAAUGUCUUCUCAGAUGAGCCUUGGUGAGCACCCUUGUACCCCAUCACCAAAGUGGCACUGAGCUGUACUUGUAGGGACUUGGAGCAGAAAUCCCUAUGUAGGCCUUUUCCUAUGUGUCCAUUGAAUGUUUUAUAUGCUGACGCAUUUCCCAUUUGUUUUUGUAAAUCUUGUGUAGUUAACUAAAAAAAAGGACUUAUAAAUAGGAGUGUUCCGUUUGUAACAUAAGGGUCAUCAGUUGCUCUUCAGUAGCUGCCUGCCAAUGUGAUGUUUUGAUACUGUGUACAUUCAUAAUGUGCAUGAGGUGUAUUGGAUUUGCCGUGGCGGUCAUUAGAAUAACCUCAUCUUAUGCUACAUAGAGGAAGAAGCAUGCCACUCAACUCUAUGAGUAUGAUACUGUAGUUCGUAGACAGUCUGUAAACACUGUCAAUCAUAAAGUGUUAUUUUGUAUAUGUUCAUUGGAAUUGUGGCUAGUUUUCUGUUGUCCUUUAAGGAAUACAAAGUGCUGACCUUGAAGGCGUGAAUCUGACCAACAGAUCUGCUGUCCCUCUUCUGAAACAACAGCAGAAUUUUCACUCUUGUUUUAAACGGUUCAUGUUGCAGUUGGUCGAUGCUCAAGCUUUCUUCCUCUUCCCACCGGUUUAAUAGAAAUGGGCUGUGACUGAGGGGAAAAAGCUCAAAUUGUACAUUUUGAUUAUCUGAGUUUAGGGUUGGGUUGGGGGGGGGUCAUAAAAGUGACAGUUUACCAAUGUAAAAUUUGUAUGUAAGAUACAUUAGAUUCAAAACUAAUAAACCAUAAUAAGUUC